AUGCUGAAAAAACGUCUACAUUUUAGGGUCGUGAAUCUCGGUGGGUGCCAUGAGAUUGCUGAGGUGCUUGUUUUUGCCGCUUUGAAAAAGGUUCGUGAGCUUUUCGUGCACGAAGCAGCUGCUGGUAUUACUGCACUAACCAUUUGUGAGCGACUAGAAAGGCUCAGCUUAGGUUGCCGCGUUCAUGUUUCAGAUGGCAACCAUCUCAGGAUCUUGGCGAAUCUCGUGAAGCUACACCUUUGGAGCACAAAGGUGAGAAAUGCAGAAAUUGUCGGCUUUGCCUUCUUUUGUGUACUAGUGGAGCUUAUAGUGGACGACGGUGUUCGAGUUACAGAUGUAUUCCCACUUGACUUCUUGCAACCAAUUUCAUGGCUUUCACUAAUUGAGACAGAGGUCGAUGCUCGAGGUGUAAAGGUACUGCUUUACUGUCAGAGAUUGGAGAUUUUGGCCCUUGGUGGGACAUGUGUCUUUUAUUCACUGAAGCGGUGGAGACACGAUGCCAUUGGCCAAUACCUUGAAAGUUUUGCGUGGCUGCUGUACCCACGUGCGUAA